AUGGAUUUUCCUUACAGUCUACCACUACUCCUAAGAAAGCAAAUAAAGGUAUUGAAAGUGCAUUACAGAAAAUAUAAGUUGCUCCGUGGGAGGCUUUUGGUUUGGUGUUUGAACCCUUUGAAUGUAGUCCUGAGCUUAGUAUUUAUUGGAGUCCCGGAAGGACAUUCGAGGCUGACAAGACCUGCGUGGUGGAGUCUGGCGGGGCAAGUGGAUAGUCAAAUCGGCAUUUGGGAUUGUGAAGCAUGGUGGUCUGGGGUUGAGAAGCAUGGUGGUGUGACCCCCAUAAAUCUCGGCAAAUCUCGGCCACCACCCUGA